CUUGACAAUGUCACGAUGAUUUACUUAACCAAUUUGACAGUUUUCGUACACCAUCCACUUUCCGCUGUCAUUCGGGAUUAGGGUGAUUUUUCGAGCGUUUUGUUUUUACAAAAAAUGGAAGUGCGGCGUGCGGGUGACGCGAGUUUAGAUGAAUUAGUUCAAUAUGUAACGCUUCACGUACAAAAUCCGAUAAUCCUGACGGGGGUAGUGCUCCCGUUCGGCAUUUUGUACGCGAUUGCAUUCUAUUUGUGGUUCGUCGUGUACGGAGUCGUCGAGCACUAUGAGGCCGGGAUAAUUUGCCUGGCCGCAAUCAUUUUCGUGCACAUUCUUACGUCGCUCUUUUGCUUCUGGAGUGUCCACGUGUUAACUUUUCUAAAUUGUCACAAGGUAAAAACGCCACGGAAUGGCGUCUACGCAAAAGUCGUUCCUACGGCCAACAAUGGUUCAUCCAGGCUCGUUAAAAUUGAGCAAACAUACAUGGACGAGAAGGACAAGGGUAGCGUAACCUACUGGUUCAUGUUCCAGAAGUCCAAGUACAUCUGGGACCCGGACAAGGCUACGUUCAGAGCUCUCGAAUUCCCAGUACACCAGCCCCUGUACACUUACGCAAAAUCUAAAGGAAUUGAGGAUGAAAACCAACUCGCUUUGGCGGAAAAAACUUACGGAAGGAAUCAGAUGGAAAUGGUCGUGCCCGAGUUCUAUCAACUCUUCAUCGAACGCGCCACGGCUCCGUUUUUCGUUUUUCAGAUCUUCUCCGUGGGACUGUGGUGCCUUGACGAGUACUGGUACUACUCCCUGUUCACGCUGUGCAUGUUGAUAGUGUUCGAGUGUACCCUGGUGCAGCAGCAGCUGAGGAAUAUGUCGGAGAUCCGCAAGAUGGGCAACAAACCCUACCUGUUGAACGUCCUGCGGAACAACAAAUGGCGGCCGAUAAUCUCGGAUCAACUGGUACCAGGCGAUUUGGUGUCAGUUGUGCGAUCUCAGAAUGAAAACACAGUUCCCUGCGAUAUUCUCCUGCUUCGAGGUUCAUGCAUUGUCGACGAGAGCAUGUUGACCGGCGAGUCGGUGCCACAGAUGAAAGAGUCCUUGGAGACGCUUGAUGAUCUGCAGGCAGAGUUAGACGUUGACAGUGACGGGAAGCUCUUCACACUUUUCGGUGGAACGAAGGUAGUUCAGCAUACACCCCCCACGAAGGACGGAAUCCGGGCUCCUGAUGGCGGGUGUGUGGGGUAUGUCCUGCGAAACGGUUUCAACACUUCGCAAGGCAAACUUCUCCGAACGAUUCUUUUCGGCGUGAAGCGUGUCACGGAGAAUAAUUUGGAAACUUUUGCAUUUAUACUGUUCCUGCUUGUGUUCGCCAUUGCUGCGGCAAUUUACGUCUGGAUUCGCGGCACUGAAGAUCCUGAUCGAAGUCGAUACAAGUUAUUCCUUGAGUGCACGUUGAUCCUGACGUCAAUCAUUCCACCCGAUCUACCUAUUGAGCUUUCAUUGGCCGUGAAUACAUCACUUUUGCAGCUAUCCAGGUUGUUUGUCUAUUGCACGGAACCGUUCAGGAUUCCGUUCGCUGGAAAGGUUGAAAUUUGCUGCUUCGAUAAGACUGGUACGCUUACGAGCGAUAAUUUGAUGGUCGAAGGAGUGGCUGGGAUGAACAAUAGUUCCGCAGUGUUGCCCAUAGCCCAGGCUCCCGAUUCUACUAUACAAGUGUUGGCCACUUGUCAUUCCUUGGCACAACUAGAUGAUGGGCUGGUGGGCGAUCCAUUGGAAAAAGCCAUUUUGACCGCCGUCGAUUGGAAUUUGACGAAACAAGACAGCGUUAUACCAAAACGUGGAAAGCUAAAACCACUGAAAAUCUACCACCGUUUCUACUUUUCGUCUGCUUUGAAGAGAAUGUCAGUGUUGGCGGGAUACAUGCAACAGUUCACGAACGAUAUUUGCUAUGUUGGCGCCGUGAAAGGAGCACCUGAGGUGAUCAUGAAUAUGCUUAAAAACGUUCCAGAACAUUAUGAAAAGACUUACCUAGAAUACGCCCGACGUGGAGCUCGAGUCUUAGCUCUCGGCAUCAAAACCUUUGGUAAAAUGGACCCAAAACAAGUGCGCGAAAUCAAACGUGAAGAAGUGGAGACAGAUUUGGAGUUCGCGGGCUUUGUAAUCAUUUCAUGCCCGCUAAAACCUGACUCAAAGAGCAUAGUCAAAGAGCUGAUCCACGCUUCCAACAAAUUAAUGAUGAUAACAGGCGACAACCCGUUGACUGCCUGUCAUGUUGCGCGUGAAUUGCGUUUCACGAAAAAAGCAAUCCUCAUUCUCACGGAUGACGAAACGGAAUGGGUGUGGCAAUCAGUAGACGGCGGUGUAAUCAGGCCAAUGACUGAUCCUUUGAAGAAAAUCAUCAGUGAAUAUGAUCUCUGCAUAACAGGCGAAGGUUUGGAUUAUCUAAGGUACGACAGGCAUGAUUAUCUCGUACAAAUACUGCCGUACGUGACCGUUUGUGCGAGAUUUGCUCCCAAGCAGAAAGAGUAUGUUGUCACAACGCUAAAAAAUCUGGGCUUCUGUACAUUAAUGUGUGGUGACGGCACGAACGACGUGGGAGCUUUGAAGCACGCUCAUGUGGGUGUCUCGAUAUUAAGCAAUGCCCCGUUGAAGAAGACGAAAACAAAAGAUUCACAAAAUCCGGCAGAUAAUGCGACAAAUGAUGUAGUUGCACCGUCACGCGGUAUUCGGAAUCAGAUGAAUCACGAGGAAAGGCGCAAUCUGACUCCUCGUGAACGUGCAAUUUUGAGGCAGCGAGAGGCCUUGAGUGCGACUCAGGAGUCGUUGCAAAAGGCGUUGAAGGAUCUCGAUGAGGAACAAGUACAAGUUGUAAAGUUAGGCGAUGCCAGUAUAGCUGCACCGUUUACUAGUAAAACAUCAUCGAUAAUGUGUGUUUGUCAUAUAAUUAAACAGGGCCGAUGUACUUUAGUGACCACGUUACAAAUGUUAAAAAUAUUAGGUUUACACGCUUUAAUAUCUGCUUAUUGUCAAUCAGUUUUAUAUGUUGACGGCGUACGGUUGAGUGAUACACAAGCGACUUUGAAUGGAUUACUCAUUGCUGCCUGCUUUUUAUUCAUUACUAGGUCAAAGCCACUGAAAACACUUUCCAAAGAAGCGCCACUACCUAACAUUUUCAAUAUGUACACGUUGUCCACAAUCCUAGCUCAGUUUGCGGUUCACUUUGCUGCACUUAUCUAUUUGGUACAGGAGGCGAAUGAAAGGAGUCCCCCAAGGGAAGGCAAGGUGAAAUUGAACAUUGAUCGUCAGCCUGGCGAGAAGGAUGAUUUUCAACCAAACAUUAUUAAUAGUACCGUGUUCAUAAUUUGUUUAGCACUGCAAGUUUCUACAUUCGCUGUUAAUUAUAAGGGCCAUCCAUUCAUGGAAAGUCUGCGUGAAAAUCGUCUCCUUUUGUAUUCAAUCCUGGCAUCAGCAUCAGUAGCUGUCCUUUUGGCACUUGGAAUUUCAUCAGAUCUUUUAACGACAUUUGAAAUUAUACAAUUUCCUAGUGAUUUCCGUAAAAUUCUGAUUUUUGUACUGCUGAUUGAUACAGUCCUAGCAUAUCUAGUCGAUAGAACUUGUGCAUUCCUGUUUGGCGAUAUAAGAAAGCGAUCGACCGUUGCAAAUUAUUGAUGGAUGGAUUGAUUUAGACUUCUUUGGUUAAGAAGGCUAUUUUGGGAAGAUACAUAAUUUUAAAUUAUAUGAAAAGAAAUUUAGAUAUUUAAUGAAAGGGAAAAACUGAAAA